AUGCGGCGUAAGGAGCUGUGGGUUGUAUGUGGGUUUUCUGAGUAUGAUGGCAGUAUGAGCAUCUGUGAAAACUUUUCUAACUGCAGUUCGUGCAUUGGUAACGACACAAAUGUGACAGGCUGCAAGUGGAUGAAAUGUGAAGGUUACCUGUGUGUAAAUGAAACAGAAGUAGAUCUGAAGCAUCACAACUGUAGUGUGGAAGAACAGUGUUCUUUUGUUCCUCUUUCCAAUGUUACUACAACAACUUCCAGUGGUACUAUACUGCCUUCCAGUGCUACUGCACCGCCUUCCACAGCGUCUUCCAAUACUACCACAGCCAGUUCUCCUACCACAGCUCACACUGCUAUAGCUAACGUCACCAACGUGACUACACACGCUCCUCUACCUACAACUGCCGUUACUUCAGCUACCAGAACCACCAGUAUUCCAGGUACAAAUGCGACUGUGACUCCUGCACCUUCUUCACGCAAAUCUACGUUUGACGCUGCGAGUUUCAUAGGUGGAAUAGUCCUUGUUCUGGGUCUGCAGGCUGUUGUCUUCUUUCUGUACAAAUUCUGCAAGUCAAAAGACCGAAACUAUCACACGCUUUAGGACCUGCCACUUUACAAUGGACUAGUAGCCCGACACCUGUAGUUCACUGAACCAAAAUAUUUUCUGUUGCUCGUGGAAGACAGCAGUUCAUAAUAAUAUCCUUUAAAUCUCUAAAAGAAGACUUUAAAAGAAUAUUUUUGCGACAUUAUACUUGGCAAGAGGCGAUACGAAUCUCUUCAACAGGAUUACUUGCAAUAUGCUGCAUGGGUUCUAAUGGCUGUCUUAUUUUCCUUUAGUGGCUGCUGCUGUGGGACUUUCUUUUGAUAUGCCAAAUGUAGACGUUCAGAGAUUCUUAGUCAGUGGCAACACUGUCUUGAGUAGACAAUCUCAGAUGACUUAUUGUGAAGGCUAAUUUAAUCAACAUUUGAUACAGUAUCCCUUCAGUUUUAUCAAGAUGUGACUUAUUGGUGACUGACUUCAGGGAGUGAAAUACCAUUUAUCCUGGCUUACAGCUCUUACAGCAUGCUGCUGGAAAGAUGAACAAAAUUGUAGAAGUAGAUCAUGUCUU